UCGGAGAGGUAACCAUGGCAAUGACAGGUCAGACGGCCUGCUCCACAAUGAGUAAUCACACUAAGGAGCGUGUUACUCUGGCCAAAGUGACCCUGGAAAACUUCUACAGCAACCUGAUAGCCCAACAUGAGGAGAGGGAGAUGAGACAGCAGAAGCUGGAGAAGGUCAUGGAUCAGGAGGGGCUUGCAGAUGAAGAGAAACGCAUAAGGCGGUCCCAGCAUGCCAGGAAAGAAACGGAAUUUCUGCGUCUCAAACGAACGCGGCUUGGGCUGGAGGACUUCGAGUCUCUCAAAGUAAUCGGCCGGGGAGCCUUUGGAGAGGUCCGGCUGGUUCAGAAGAAAGACACAGGUCAUGUGUACGCCAUGAAGAUCUUGCGCAAAGCUGACAUGCUGGAGAAGGAACAGGUGGGUCACAUUCGCGCAGAGAGGGACAUUUUGGUGGAAGCCGACAGUCAGUGGGUGGUGAAGAUGUUCUACAGUUUUCAGGAUCGAAUGAACCUUUAUCUCAUCAUGGAGUUCCUGCCUGGAGGAGACAUGAUGACGUUGUUGAUGAAGAAGGACACGUUGACAGAGGAGGCCACUCAGUUCUACAUCGCCGAAACCGUCCUGGCCAUUGACUCCAUUCACCAGCUGGGCUUCAUCCACAGAGACAUUAAACCAGACAACUUGCUGCUGGACUCAAAGGGCCACGUGAAGUUGUCUGACUUUGGGCUGUGCACGGGGCUGAAGAAGGCUCAUCGCACCGAGUUCUACAGGAACCUCAACCACAGCCUGCCCAGUGACUUCACGUUCCAGAACAUGAACUCGAAGAGAAAAGCAGAGACCUGGAAGAGAAAUAGGAGACAACUGGCUUUUUCUACUGUCGGAACCCCCGACUACAUUGCCCCGGAAGUGUUUAUGCAGAAUGGAUACAACAAGCUCUGCGACUGGUGGAGCCUGGGGGUCAUCAUGUAUGAGAUGCUUAUAGGUUAUCCCCCUUUUUGCUCAGAAACCCCUCAGGAGACCUACAGGAAGGUGAUGAACUGGCGGGAAACUCUGACUUUUCCCCCCGAGGUUCCCAUCUCGGAGAAAGCCAAGGACCUCAUUCUCAGGUUCUGUUGUGAGAGCGAGCACCGGAUUGGAGCCAACGGGGUGGAGGAGAUUAAAAGCAAUCCGUUCUUUGAAGGAGUGGACUACGAACACAUCAGGGAAAGACCUGCUGCCAUUCCUAUUGAGAUCAAAAGCAUCGAUGACACCUCUAACUUUGAUGAGUUUCCUGAUUCGGAUAUUCUUCAGCCAACAGGUUGUACUGUAUCUAACCACUCUGAGGCUGACCUGAAGAGUAAGGACUGGGUCUUCAUUAACUACACCUACAAGCGCUUUGAGGGUCUCACGGCCAGAGGAGCUAUCCCAUCUUACAUGAAGUCAGGGAAAAGAUAGACCUCUGGUUCGUCUGACGCGUCGAAGCCCAGACUUGUUUUGGGAUCCUGAUGGAGGCCGAGGCCACCACCCUCCCCACCUCUUCUGGAUAGUUGUAAAGGA